UUGUUGCUGCUGCUGCUGCUGUUGGCGUAGUCGCAGUAGAAACCAGAACUGCUUCUGCUUUAGGGCGCUUAGAACUGUCAAACAUUUAUAAGACUUUUUCCUUAUGAAUCAUUAACCCCUUCAGUUCUAGGCAUAAUUGUCAAUUCAUUGAAACUUCGGUAGUGGCUCCUGCCCACCCCCGUCAAAGUAACUCCUCCGGGUUGGCUUUAUUUUUAAACUUCGCUAGAUUUUAACAUUUAUUUACCAUCAUGACUGUCCAUGUGGGAACUAAAUGAACACAAGCAAGUUUGCUUAAGUCGUAACAGGGGAAAGAGAACUUUGCAUCUGACUUCUUUUUAAAAGAGCAUCAUGUUUAGGGAAGAAAUAGAAGACUGUAGAAGAGAGCCACCUUGAAGGACUUCCGCCGAGUGCUGUGUUUACAUUCUAAGGAGGACACGUUCUUACAUGGAAAUGAUACCCGCGUUCCUACUUUUUUUUUUUUUUUUUUUUAUCAAGCCUUGUCUAUAUGGGAAAACAUUCCAGAAGUUGUUUACCUUUUUUCCUCUCUCUCUCUGGAAAGCACUUUUCCUGAGUGCAAGGGGGGGAUUUGCGGGAAUAUCCUUAUCAGUUUACAAAUGGAAGCAGUGUCUGUCCUCGGAGCUUCUAUAUUUGUUAUAACUUUAGUUACAGUAAACUGAAGCACAUCAGUGACUUCUGGGAAUUCGUACACUUUCAGAUUUAAAUGGAAAGUGCUAUUUGUAGCUGAGGGCUCCUGAAGGAAUUCUCUCCAGGGAAUGCUAUUGAAGAGUUUGUAUGCUUUGUUGUUUUGCUUUUUCAAAAUUUGGCGUGAGAUGCCCACCAGUCCGAGGAAACUGCCAGGAGUUUUCCCCUUUCGCCCAUUUCUCCUCCUCUUUUUCCUGUGCUCCAAAUCAUUUCUGAAAAGCUGCAGCUCAGGGAUGCUGGCAGGAUGCAACCCUUCCAGUCUCCCGUGUGAGAGGAUGAAAGGGAGCCCUGCAGCAGAGGAGGGGGGGCGGCGAGUUGUUUUGAAAGUUGUUUUGCGUUGGGAGCUGGUGGGAAAGUUCAGUCUUCCCCAUUUGGAAAAGGCCGGCUGGGUUCCGCUCCUGCCCCACACGCGCUUUCCAUUUUUAGCUUCAUUCAGAGGCAGACAGAGCUCCUUCCUCUUCCUCUCCUUGUUUGUGACACUUUUCUGAGGCAGCUUUUCCACAGCGCGGAGGGUCUGGCGGCCAUGACCCCAGGCGUUCUGGGACAUAGGACCCAGCGCCCACAGCAUUUUUCUGCUGUGAGAGGCUGCCCCGAAGUGUAGCUCCAGUGCUGUGAGGUUUCGAGGGGUGACCGCCGGGACCAUGAAAAUGGACAUGGAGGACGCAGACAUGACUCUGUGGACAGAGGCUGACUUUGAAGAGAAGUGUACAUACAUUGUGAACGACCACCCCUGGGACUGUGGGGCCGACGGAGGGACCUCAGUUCAGGCAGAGGCGUCUCUACCAAGGAAUCUGCUUUUCAAAUAUGCCACGAACAGCAAAGAGGUUAUUGGAGUAGUGAGUAAAGAAUACAUACCAAAGGGAACACGUUUUGGACCUCUAAUAGGCGAAAUCUACACCAAUGAUACUGUUCCUAAGAACGCCAACAGGAAAUAUUUUUGGCGGAUCUAUUCCAGAGGGGAGCUUCACCACUUCAUCGAUGGCUUCAAUGAGGAGAAAAGCAACUGGAUGCGCUAUGUGAAUCCGGCGCACUCUGCCCGGGAGCAAAAUCUGGCUGCGUGUCAGAACGGGAUGAACAUCUACUUCUACACCAUUAAGCCCAUCCCUGCCAACCAGGAGCUUCUUGUGUGGUAUUGUCGGGACUUUGCAGAAAGGCUUCACUACCCUUACCCCGGAGAGCUGACAAUGAUGAAUCUCACACAAACACAGAGCCAUCCAAAGCAGCCGAGCACCGAGAAAAAUGAACUGUGCCCCAAGAAUGUCCCAAAGAGAGAGUACAGCGUGAAGGAGAUCCUGAAACUGGACUCGAACCCCUCCAAAGGAAAGGACUGCUACCGCUCCAACAUUUCCCCCCUCGCCCCAGAAAAGGACGCGGACGACUUCCGAAAAAACGGGAGCCCCGAAAUGCCCUUCUACCCUCGGGUCGUUUACCCGCUCCGGGCCCCUCUGCCGGAGAACUUUUUGAAAGCCUAUGGGAUGGAGAGGCCGACCUACAUCACUCACUCCCCCAUCCCGUCCUCCACGACCCCGAGCCCCUCGGCGAGAAGCAGCCCCGACCAAAGCCUCAAAAGCUGCAGCCCGCACAGCAGCCCGGGGAACACGGUGUCGCCCCUGGCGCCCUGCCCUCCGGAACACCGGGACUCGUACGCCUACUUGAACGCCCCCUACGGCCCGGAAGGCUUGGGCUCCUACCCGGGGUACGCGCCGGCCCCGCACCUGCCCCCGGCCUUCAUCCCCUCCUACAACGCCCACUACUCCAAGUACCUUCUGCCCCCCUACGGCGUGAAUUGCAACGGCCUGGGCGCCAUGGGCAACAUGGGCGGCGUGGGCAACCUGGGCCUCUUCCCCCGGCUCUACCCCGUCUACAGCAGCCUCCUGGGCGGCGGCAGCCUGCCGCACCCCCUGCUCAGCCCGGCCUCCCUGCCCAGCUCGCUGCCCUCGGACGGAGCCCGCAGGCCGCUGCAGCCCGACCACGCGCGCGAGGUGCUCGUCCCGGCGCCGCACAGUGCCUUCUCCCUCCCCGGGGCGGCCGCCAGCAUGAAGGACCGGGCGAGCAGCCCCACCAGCGGGUCGCCCACGGCGGGCACGGCCGCCUCGGCGGAGCACGUGGUGCAGCCCAAAGCUACCUCAGCGGCGCUGGCGGCCCCCGGCAGUGACGAAGCCAUGAAUCUCAUUAAAAACAAAAGAAAUAUGACGGGCUACAAGACGCUGCCCUACCCCCUUAAAAAGCAGAACGGCAAGAUUAAAUAUGAAUGCAACGUUUGCGCCAAGACGUUCGGCCAGCUCUCCAACCUGAAGGUCCACCUCAGAGUGCACAGCGGAGAACGGCCUUUCAAAUGCCAGACUUGCAACAAGGGCUUUACUCAGCUGGCCCACCUGCAGAAACACUACCUGGUACACACGGGAGAGAAGCCACACGAAUGCCAGGUUUGCCACAAGCGAUUUAGCAGCACCAGCAAUCUCAAGACCCACCUGCGACUCCACUCUGGAGAGAAGCCGUACCAGUGCAAGGUGUGCCCUGCCAAGUUCACCCAGUUUGUGCACCUGAAACUCCACAAGCGCCUACACACCCGGGAGCGGCCCCACAAGUGUGCCCACUGCCACAAGAGCUACAUCCAUCUCUGCAGCCUCAAGGUCCACCUGAAGGGGAACUGUCCUGUGGCCCCGGCCACGGGGAUUCCUUUGGAGGACCUGACCCGGAUCAACGAAGAAAUCGAGAAGUUUGACAUCAGUGACAACGCCGACCGGCUCGAGGACGUGGAGGACAACAUCGAUGUGACCUCUGUGGUGGAGAAAGAAAUUCUGGCCAUGGUCAGGAAAGAGAAAGAAGAGACUGGCCUGAAAGUGUCUUUGCAAAGAAACAUGGGGAAUGGACUCCUCUCAGGGUGUAGCCUUUAUGAGUCAUCAGACCCGUCCCUCAUGAAGUUGGCUCACAGCAACCCACUACCUCUGGGGCCUGUAAAGGUCAAACAGGAAACAGUAGAACCAAUGGAUCCUUAAGAUUUUCAGAAAACAACAAGUGUUUUGUUUUGUUUCGUAACUUAUGACUUGGCAAGUCAGGGUGCCUGUAGCAGAUGCUUGUACAUAAUUCCAGUGCUGCAAAGCUCUCCUGACGGCAGAUGGUUUCCCCUCACCUCUCUGGAAUAAAAGAAGGAACUCCAAAGUUACGGAAAUCUCAGGGCAUAAAUGAGGCAAAGACAAUAUAUAUAUACAUAUUAUAUAUACUUAUUUACACCCCAUCUAUAUAUUUGAACCUGUGUAUUUUGACUAUUUGUGUGGAUAUGUUUGCAUAGCCUUCCCAUUGCUAAGACUAUUGCCUAGCCAUAAUUAUUUUUUCAAUGAUAAUCCUUCAUAAUUUAUUAUACAGUUUAUCGUUCAAAAAGCAAUAAUUAAAAAAGUUUACAAUGACUGGAAAAAUUCCUUGUAAUUUGAGUUAUAAAUGUUAGAGUUUUGUCUUGUGGCCAUUCUUUGUAGAUAAUUUCUGCACAUCCGUCUAAGUACUUAAGAUUUGGUAGAGAAAUACAUUACUUCAGUUGACCUCCCUCUGUGAUAACAGUUUGAAAACGAGGUUUGGUAUUGCCAAAGUUAGACAGUUGAUGUGUUAAUUCAUAAGAUCUGUCAUUCGAACAGCAUUGUAUACCUUGGGGGGAAUGUGUGCAGAAUUACCCAACAAUAACUUAGAAGAAACAAGAAAGGGAAUCUUGUGUGCUUCCGUAGGUAGUUCAGAUUUUUUUUUUCUUCCCUAGCCAGGGAUUUACCAGAAAGGAGACAAGGCUUUGCCGACCCGUCUCCCUCUCCAAAAUGCAGGGACACCCCACCCCAAAGUCAUGUGACCAUUCAGAGUGGUCACAUGACUUCUACAUCCCAGUGUAUUAUCUGAAAAUGUGAAGAAGACAAAAUGCCAUGUUUCAAACCACUGCAAAAUGUUCCCAAAGCACAGGUGGUUUCGUAUGUUUGAGGUUUGGGGGCUUGAGUCUGGAUGUUGUUACUGGGUUUUUUGUUAUGUCAAAAUUGCACAAACAUGGUGCUCUACCAGGAAGGAUUUGAGGUAGAUAGGCUCAGGCCACACUUAAAAAACAAAAACCGAAAAACGGGUAUUCUUGUUGUCUUAGGGUAAAAGCAGGCAAUGCAUGUUCCUAGUCCCAACACAUCAAUUGUAUUUUUUUUCUGUAAAACUCAGAUUUUCCUCAGUAUUUGUCUUUUUACAUUUUAUGGUUAAUUUAAGAUGAAAGGGCAUUGCAAAGUUGUUCACAACAAUUACCUCAUUGAGUGUGUCCAGUAGUGCAGGAAAUGAUGUCUUAUCUAAUGAUUUGCUACUCUAGAGGAGAAACGAAGUGUGCUCCAGAAAGAUAGAAUGUGUGCCAUUCUGUCUUUUACUCUGCUAAGCCCAAAGAUUACAUGUCAGCAUUCAAGGUGUAGCAAAGAAUGAUGUAUAUUUAUAAAUCUAUUUAUACCACUAUACCAUGUGUAUAUAUAAUAUAUUUAUAACCACUUAAAUUGUGAGCCAAACCAUGUAAAAGAACCUACGCUUCCUAAGGGCAAAAAAGAAAAAAAAAAAAAAAACACAAAACAAUCCUUUCUAAGAUUUUGCUUCACACAUGACCUCACAAUCACAUUGGUGAGCUUGGGCACCCCCUCGCCACUGGAAGAGACCUGAAAACCUUGGUGCAAAGGCGGGGGACUGCAUAACAACCAAGGAGAGAGAGUCAUUUUUCACCAAUAAGGACAAUCUAAGAUGGCUUUAUUUUUGUUUGGCCACGUUAUGAGUCUGGUCACACCCAAGUCACAGAAAUAGUCCCAUUACUCCCUUUACCACUGUUCACUUUUCUCUCUUCAUUUCCUUCCUUCCUAAAUAACUGAUGCAUCACUAAUCAACCUGGUUUAUAUAUUCAGCCUUUUAUUGAUGGCAACUAAUGACAACCUGCAGGAAAGAACAACAAAUUUAGGAUAAUCCAGGGAAACCUAAGAGCCUUACUGAUCUGUUCCUGUAAGUAGCAAAACUGACAAUUUCUUUAUGGAUCAGGGUUUGACAAACACAGUCCUUAACUGUAGGUAAACCAAAGCAUCACACUCUGACAUUGACACCAAAUACUUCCUAUUCUGCUCCUUUGUUCUUUCCCCUUUUGUGCUUUCUUAUUUGUGGGAAUUUUUACCAAGACCUGUGUGGCUUGCGACUUCUUGAUUCUCUUUACCAUUUGACUUCCCCUCGUAGGCCUCUUACAUGUGAAUGUUGAGCCCACAAUCAACAGUGGUUUUAUUUUUUUUCCUCUAAUCAAAGUUAAAACUGACCAAAGUUAUUGGCUUUUUACUUUGCUAGAACAACCAACUAUCUUAUGUUUACGUACUGGUUUACAUUGUUAUUUAUGUGCAAAUUGUCAAAAUGUAAAUUAAAUAUAAAUGUUCAUGCUUUA